AUGGCUGUCUUUACUACCCAGGAUGGCGACAAGCAGGGGGUGGCGGUGCCGGGCUCUGCACAUAUUGAAUUGGCAAACAGCGCCAUUGCCCAGCCUCCCCCAAGAGCGGACGGAAAAGCCGGAGCGGACAAUGAACAUGCAAUGACACUCAAGGACGGCGCGAAGGCGUACCCGUAUGCCAUCGCGUGGUCCGUGGUGUUCUCCAUGGCAGUCGUCAUGGAAGGAUAUGAUAUCAUUCUCGUUAGCAGCUUCCUCGCGCAGCCCGCCUUUCAAAGACGCUACGGCUCAUACUACGGGCCCGAGCAAGGCUACCAGAUAUCCGGCCCAUGGCAAGCAGGGCUCGCCAACUCCACGAGCGUCGGCACGAUCUUCGGCGCCCUGGCGAAUGGCUGGCUCUCGCAGCGGUUCGGGUAUCGGAAGACGUUACUGGGAUCGCUGGCGUUCUGCACUGGGUCGAUCUUUAUUACUUUCUUUGCUCGAAACCUGGCAAUGCUGUGUGCUGGCUGCUUCUUGUCUGGCUUGCCGUGGGGGGGGAUAUCUUGCCAACUAUGUAUGCUUUUGCUGGGCAGCCGGGUUGCUGCUGGCCUCUGGGGUCCAGCAGGCCUUCUCCACGGGCACGACGGAAUGGGCGUACAGGAUCCCAUUCGCUUUGCAAUGGAUCUGGCCGGUCCCGCUGAUCAUUUGCGUCUGGUUCGCCCCCGAGUCGCCAUGGCUGCUUCUCCGGAACGGCCAGCGUGA